GCCUGCGACUCACAUGCGGUGGCCGCGAUGAAGUUCUCGUACCGGUUUUCCAAUUUGCUGGGUACGGUUUAUCGGCGUGGAAAUUUAAAUUUUACACACGAUGGAAAUUCAGUUAUCAGUCCUGUCGGCAACAGACUCACGGUAUUCGACCUAAAAAACAACAAGUCGGACACGCUGCCCCUGGCCACUCGGUACAACGUCAGAUGUGUGGGGCUGUCCCCGGACGGCCGCCUCGCCAUCGUCGUCGAUGAAGGGGGCAGCGCGCUGCUGGUCAGCCUGGCGCACAGGGCCGUGCUGCACCACUUCCACUUCAAGGGCUCCGUGCACAGCGUCUCCUUCUCCCCCGACGGCAGGAGAUUUGUGGUCACGAAGGGCAACAUUGCUCAGAUGUACCACGCCCCGGGGAAGAAGCGCGAGUUCAACGCGUUUGUUCUGGACAAAACCUACUUCGGGCCGUAUGACGAGACCACGUGCAUCGACUGGACCGACGACUCCAGGUGCUUUGUGGUUGGGAGCAAAGACAUGUCCACCUGGGUGUUUGGAGCCGAGCGCUGGGACAACCUCAUCUACUACGCGCUGGGGGGACACAAGGACGCUAUCGUGGCCUGCUUCUUUGAAUCCAAUAGCCUGGAUCUGUACUCGCUCAGCCAGGACGGAGCCCUGUGUGUGUGGCAGUGCGACACGCCCCCCGAGGGCCUGAGGCUGAAAGCUCCCUCGGGCUGGAAGGCGGACCUGCUGCGGCGGGAGGAGGAGGAGGAGGAGGAGGAGGAGGAGGAUGGGGACAGAGAGACCACCGUCCGGGGGAGAGCCACCCCGGCCGAGGAGGAGAAGAAAGGGAAAGUGAAGUACUCGCGGUUGGCCAAGUACUUCUUUAACAAGGAAGGGGAUUUUAACAGCCUUACGGCUGCGGCGUAUCACAAGAAGAUUCGGCUGUUGGUCACCGGCUUUGCUUCUGGAAUCUUCCAUCUUCACGAGCUCCCAGAGUUCAACCUCAUCCACUCCCUGAGCAUCUCGGAUCAGAGCAUCUCCUCAGUUGCCGUCAACAGCUCCGGGGAUUGGAUCGCCUUUGGCUGCUCAGGCCUGGGCCAGCUGCUGGUGUGGGAGUGGCAGAGCGAGUCGUACGUGCUCAAGCAGCAGGGACACUUCAACAGCAUGGUGUCUCUGGCCUACUCCCCCGACGGGCAGUACAUCGUGACUGGCGGGGACGAUGGCAAGGUCAAGGUGUGGAACACCCUCAGCGGCUUCUGCUUUGUCACUUUCACGGAGCACUCGAGUGGGGUCACCGGCGUGACCUUUACUGCCACUGGCUAUGUCAUUGUCACUUCAUCCAUGGACGGGACCGUGCGUGCCUUUGACCUUCACAGGUACCGGAACUUCCGCACCUUCACGUCUCCGCGCCCCACCCAGUUCUCCUGCGUGGCCGUGGACGCGAGCGGGGAGAUCGUCUCUGCUGGUGCCCAGGACUCCUUCGAGAUCUUCGUGUGGUCCAUGCAGACAGGCAGGCUCCUUGACGUUCUGUCUGGCCACGAGGGCCCUGUCAGCGGCCUGUGCUUUAACCCUGUGAAGUCCAUCCUGGCCAGCGCCUCCUGGGACAAGACAGUGCGCCUGUGGGACAUGUUCGACAGCUGGAGGACCAAGGAGACGCUGGCCCUGACCUCCGACGCGCUGGCUGUGAGUUUUCGCCCUGACGGUGCGGAGCUGGCCGUGGCCACGCUGAACUCGCAGAUCACCUUCUGGGACCCCGAGAACGCUGUGCAGACGGGCUCCAUCGAGGGGAGGCACGACCUCAAGACGGGCAGGAAGGAGCUGGACAAGAUCACGGCCAAACACUCGGCCAAGGGGAAGGCCUUCACCACGCUGUGCUACUCUGCGGACGGCCAGAGCAUCCUGGCGGGAGGCAUGUCCAGGUUCGUGUGCAUUUAUCACGUCAGGGAGCAGAUUCUCAUGAAGAGGUUUGAGAUCUCUUGCAACCUCUCCCUGGAUGCCAUGGAGGAAUUUUUGAACCGAAGAAAAAUGACAGAGUUUGGCAACCUGGCACUGAUUGAUCAAGAUGCCGGGCAGGAGGACGGAACCGCGAUACCAUUGCCAGGCGUCAAGAAAGGUGACAUGAGUUCACGGCACUUUAAACCUGAAAUCCGGGUGACUUCCCUCCGCUUCUCUCCCACUGGGCGCUGCUGGGCAGCCACCACCACGGAGGGGCUCCUCAUCUACUCCCUGGACGCCCAGAUGCUCUUCGACCCCUUUGAGCUGGACACCAGCAUCACCCCUGGGCGGGUGCGCGAGGCGCUGCGCCAGCAGGAGUUCACCAGGGCCAUCCUCAUGGCCUUCCGUCUCAACGAGGACAAGCUGGUGCAGGAGGCCCUGGAGUCGGUGCCCAGCGGAGAGAUUGAAGUCGUCAGUUCCUCCCUUCCUGAAUUGUAUGUAGAGAAGGUGCUUCAAUUUUUAGCUUCCUCCUUCGAAGUGUCUCACCACCUGGAAUUCUACCUUACGUGGACUCAGAAAUUGCUCAUGUUGCACGGACAGAAGCUGAAGUCCAGAGCGGGGCAGCUGCUGCCGGUGGUGCAGUUCCUGCAGAAGAGCAUCCAGCAGCACCUGGACAACCUCUCCAAACUCUGUGACUGGAACCGCUACAACAUUCAGUACACUCUGGCGGUUUCCAAGCAACGGGGCAUGAAACGCUCCUUGGAACUGCCAGGAAGUGAGGAGGAAGCAGAAGGGUCUGAGGACGACAGUCUGUAUUUGCUCGGAGCAGGGGACGCACAUGAAGCACAAGGGACGCUGGGGUAGAGCCAGCCACGGCAGGUUAUUCCAGUUAAGCCCCACCGAAGAGAUGGAACCAUGGGGCCACCUAGGCCAGGAGAUGGGAGGAGAUCCAGAGAACAGCUGACAUAUCGGCGCUGGUGACGUGCUUUUCCUGCAAGAACCAAACAGGCAGCCCGUAGGGACUGCGAGCUGACAGAGCCCAGGAGCUGGGCCGUGUGAAUAGUGACAAAUGUUACACCAUCUGCUGUUGAAAACAGCUCUCGGUAAAUAGGUUCACAUAAACUUUGUAAUAAGUUAUUUAUGUUUUUAAUAAAAAGUUUUGAUGGAGAACUUAGGAAUAAAAAAGACAGA